ACACCAAAAAGGUAAAUUAGGGCAAAAAAAAUAAAGAGAGAUAUCUAAUUUCCAGCUCUAUUUUCAUUUCCCCUUCCCCACCACCAUUCUAAGUCUCUUCUACUAAUAGAACAACAGUUAAAAACACCUCCGCUUGUUGCAAACUCUCUCUAAGUCCGACUUAGGGAAAUUCUUCUUCCACACUCUCCUCUUCAAAACCACCACCAUCAUCAUCAUCAUCAGCACCGUCAUCGUCAUUACAACAACAUCAACAGCAACAACAACAACAACAACAUGGGAAGGUCUCCUUGCUGCGAGAAGGCUCACACCAACAAAGGCGCGUGGACCAAGGAGGAGGACGACAAGCUCGUCGCCUACAUAAGGGCGCACGGCGAGGGCUGCUGGCGGUCGCUCCCCAAGGCCGCCGGCCUCCUCCGCUGCGGCAAGAGCUGCCGCCUCCGCUGGAUCAAUUACCUCCGGCCCGACCUCAAGCGGGGCAACUUCACCGAGGAAGAGGACGAGAUCAUCAUCAAGCUGCACAGCCAUCUUGGUAACAAAUGGUCGCUCAUUGCCGGGCGGCUGCCGGGGAGGACGGAUAACGAGAUCAAGAACUACUGGAACACGCACAUAAGGAGGAAGCUUCUGAACCGCGGCGUCGAUCCGGCCACCCACAGUCCGAUCAAAGACCGCCGCGACGAGCCCACCAUUUCUUUCGCCUCUAAUUCUAAGGAGAUCAAAGAGACGAAGAGCAGCGCCGAGCUCAGCUUUGCGGGCAACUUGGAAGAUUCGGCGGACGCGGCGGCAUCGUCGGCCCAAGAAAGGUGUCCCGACUUGAAUCUCGAGCUCAGGAUCAGCCCUCCUUCUCAUCAACAGCAACGGGCCGAGCCGAUCUCGAGAUUCGCCGGCGGGAAAAGUGAUUCGUGUCUCGAGUGCAGUCUGGGGUUGAAAGACGGCCGAAAUUGCGGCUGCGGCGUUGGAGCGAUCGAGAGUGAAACUAGUGUCGGGUAUGACUUCUUGGGCUUAAAGGCAGGUGCUUUGGGUUAUAGGAGCUGAGUUUUUGGUGAAGAAGAUGGAUAAUUGUGCAGUGAAGAGAUGAGCAAGAGACUGUUAUUAGUUAAAUCUCUUUAUUAAUUUUGUUAUC